UUUUGGCGGCAACUGCCCUUUCUGCGCAAGACCGCCAUGGACGCCGACGAGGCGACGCUGCUCACCAACACGGUGCAGUGCAUCUCGCGGGCGACGAGUGCGCACGCACCUCGGCCGCUGCGAUCGCCGGCGCCCCACACACCGCGCAUCAAGCCGCUAUCCGGCGUGGGUCUCAACACCCAUCUUCGGGACCUCUUUUACUACCUCAACAAGAACGAGGUCGUCUUCAGCCUCGGCAAGCACGUCGUCGUACAGAACGUCCAUAACCAGCGCAUGGCCUUCUUCGAGCCGCCGGGCGAGGCGACCGAGAGCGUCGUCGCAGGCGACGUCACAGCGCUCGGGCUCACGAGCAAGCGCAACUACUUGGCCGUCGCGCGCGGCCCGCACUCGGUGCUCGCGCGCUCCACGAGCACGAUCGCGAUCUAUAGCCUCCGCGACCACAAGGCUGCGUCGACUAUCGAGAUGGACGACGCCGUGCGGACGCCGGUGCGUGUGAUUACGUACCAGACGCACAGCUUCGUGUCGCUCGCGUUCUCAGCGAACGGCAAGUUUUUGCUGGGGCAGAGCUCGACCGCCAACUGGAGCUUUGUGCUCUGGGACUGGACGCGCGCACGCAAAAUCGCAGUCGCCGAGGUCCACACGCGCGUGACGCGCGUGCACUUCAACCCGAUUGACUUUGCACAAAUGUCGACGUCCGGCGGCAUGCACCUCCGGCUCUGGAAGCUGGCAGAGCCCACGUGCCGCCAGUUUGCCACGUUCACAGCCCCCGUCAAGUACGUCGAGCACGCGUGGAUCCCCAAGAGCGACGGGCUCGUUGCGCUGCUCGAAAACGGCGACGUCCAGCACAUCUACAACGGCGAGCUCGUCCGGACACUGCCGUCGUUGCACCACGGUCAUUACCUCUCGUCGCUCCAAACAUUCAAAAACAGGUGGACUCUAUGGCGAUUGUCCUGUUGUGCUAUCGCAGGGAUGACUAGUGUCGUGAUUGCCGGCAACAACGGCUACGUCUCGCUCCUCGACGUCGGCGACGUCGAAACGAGCGGUGCGAUCGCCGAACUGAGCCUCUCUCGGCGCAUGCAGCUCGAAUCUCGUGAGCCGAUCCUUGCCGUCGGUGUCGAUACGACGGGCGCGGCGUUGAUGCUAGUCACACCAAGUCUCUAUGGCGCGUACGAGCUCGCGAACCUCUGCCUCCUUCGCGGCGACGACGAGUCAAUUGCGCUUGUGACAUAUGCAGCGCUGCCCCGCCCCGUGGACCUCUCGGCCAUGACGACAGCGUGUCGCCGACGCGUCUUUGCGACGCUCGGGCGGGCGGCGUCGGGUGGCCACGCCAUUGCGCUGUACAGUCAAGACGGCACGCCGGGGCUGUUGCAGUACACAUUUCCACACCUCGCGCCCAACGACAUUGCCGUGCACCCGUCCGGUUUUGAAGUGCUCGUGAGCUUUAGCGUCCAGCUACACGUGUACCAUGUGCUCAUUGACACGUUCAAGAUCGCGUUUGAAGUUGAAGUUCGCCACGCCACCUCGGUCGCCUACAGUCGCGGCGGCAGCUUCUUUUGUGCGCUCGUCGAAGACUGGAGCAUCUACGUCUACAGCAACUACGCUGGCUCCGAGCCGGUGCUGCACUCGGUGUGCAGGGGUACCUACUUACCUCCUUUUCUGCGGUGCUCACGGACUCGACGAGUAGGCAAGGACGUGCCCCUCUCGGCGCUUGCUUGGGGCACCGACGAGACGCGUCUGUACGCGGGCGAUGAGCGCGGCUACUUUUGUGAGUGGGCGUUCACCGAUGCUGGGUUUGCGGCGACACCGGCCGUGUUCCGUGACGACGAGCGGACACGAGCCUACACGGCUAUCGCAACGACCCGCCGCGCAGGUAUGAAUGGCACUUCCAAUCUCCUUUGCUUGUCGAUGACACUGCAGCACAGGACACCGGGUGCUGGCGGCCGCCUUCCUCAGCGGCACGGGCGUGGCUGCGAUCCAUUACCGCGCUCUGCGUUGGCCUGGCGUCUGGCACGCUGCACGUCUACUGGUGGUACGUCGACACGUGUUCAUCGGUCGUUGCACCCUGCGGGAUGUCGUAGGGAAGAGGGCUCAGCGGGCCCGCGACUCUGCGCCCAGCCGCUCACGAUCGACUUGACGACGGCGCCGCUGGUGUCGCUCCGCUCGUGCAGCAUCGAGGGCCACCUCCUCGCUGCGAGUGACGACGGCGUCGUCUUGGAGACGGCGAUCACAGUGGCUUUGAGCGUGCCGCCCGAGCUGCCGCCGCCGACAUCUUCGUCGUCGCUGGCGCUCGAAACGCCGACUCUGCACUCGACCAAUGCCUUUGUGACCGUCGUGCCCACGGACGACCUCUGUUUGGUGGAGCGCAGCAGCGUCACGGAGCGGGUCUUGCACAUCGCCGACCUCGAGACCGAGAUGGACCAGCUCAAAAUCGAAAAGGAGAUCGUCAACAAACUCAACUCGGAGCAGCGCACUCUCCUGGAGCGCGAGCGGCACGCUGAAAUCCGCGCCGUGCGCACGUCGCUCGAAGCCCAGGUCUACGCUGCCCAAGACGCGCUCGCGUACGAAAAGAAAGAGGCCGAGGCGCUCACAGCGACGCUCAAGGCCACCCACGCCCGCGACGCCAGCGCCAUGCAAACCAUUCUCAGCACGCAAAUCGAAACGCUCCAUGACGUGUGCGCGCAGCUCGAGCUCGACCUCAUCAAGGCGCGGCAGAGCAUCGACGACGCGACGUUUGCCGGUGACGAGCGCGCGAUGCAGCUGCGCAAGGCGCUGGAAGCGAGCCACAAGGCCGAGUGCAACGGUCUCCGCGCCGAGAUUUGCCGGCUCAACGACGCCUUGGCGCUCAAGACGAAAGCGUACGACGAAGUGCUCUCGCAACAGGACGACGACCACCUACUCCACCUGACCUCGCUCCAGGCCAAGAUCGAGGCCGAGCGAGCCAAUGGCGCGGCGGCGUCGAUUGCGGCCAAAGAUUCCACGUCGAACCUCCAGCAGCAACUGCGGAUGAUGCUCAACGCACUCGACACCAAAUCGGCCGACGUUGAGAAACUAACCCGGGAAAAAAUCGACUUGGCCGCACACGUGGCAGCGCUGCAGACCGAGUUGGCGGCGGAGCGCAAGCGCGCGGCGAAAGCGACGGCCGAGUGCACGCUUCUCGAGACCCAAGUCACCGACCUCACGCGGUCCCUGGACGGCCUUGAGCGACUCAACAACAUCCGCUUGUGCAAGCUCAAGACGAUCCAGGAUUCGCUCGCGGCCAAAGACGCGGCAAAUGACGCGAUGACGUCGUUCGUAGACGAGCUCCACCACGAAAACAGCAACGUGAUCCGCGACGCCAAUGCACUGGACGAGAAACAGCAUCUUUUGCUCCGCAAACUGCGUUUCUACGAGCAAACGCUCACGGUGCACAAGGCUGGUUUGGCCGACGCCAGCGCGACGGUGCUGGCGUUCCGUCGGGACCUCGGGAUCCUCAUCGAAGACGAGCAGCGCGGGAAGCGGCUCAAGAUCGAUGCGAUUGUUAAACUAUACCACAAGUACGAGCCGUCGGCGCAGCAUGUGACGCGCGAGCGCGGCACGGACGAAGCCAUCAUCCACGAACUCACGCGCCAAAACAAGUGCGUCGAGGACCACCGGCGCAAGCUCCGGUCGCGCGUCGCGACGGUCGUGAGCGAGAAACACAAGCUCACGACGCUCUUCUCCCAAGACAACCAAAAGCUCCUCGAGGACGUCCACCGCUUAACGCGGGAGAACCACGAAUUGAAGCGCCGACCGAAAAAGCUGGCGCAGGUGCAAAGACCGCCGCCGUUCGGCGUCAAGGGCGAAGACAACAACAGCAACCACGACACGACGGGCCACGGUCCCGACACACCAAUCGUCGUCGAGCCAGCGACCGACGCGACGUGCCGCGUGUACAUUCCUUGCGGCAUUCACAUUGGACCGCAGCCCGUCGCUGCGCAACCGUCGCCGGUAGUGCGGUCGCUCAUUCGCCCCAAGACAAGCAAGCCCAAGCGCGUGCCCCGGGUUGUCAUGCACACGGACGCCACGCGCAAGACGUCGGGCGUUCGACCCCAGUCGGCGCUGCCGUCGUCCGUACACAAACCGUCGCGGCUGUUUGCGUAG